AUUUCUUCCUCCUCCUACACUCACUUUCUCCUUCCGACUCUUUUCCUUCCUCUGAAAACCGCCCUCCUGUCACUACUCUCCGCCACACUUGUUCGUCUUUUCUUUUCGUCCGACACUCGCUUUUCACCAGUUCAACCCCCUGAUCACCGAAUUCCUACUUCACGGUAGCCGUACCUGUGCUUACCACACCAUCUCACCUCCUGGCCCUGGUCAACGUCCACACCAUCAGCGCCCUUUUCGAGUUUAACUCCCGUCUAAUAUCCCAACCUCACACAAGGUCCCCCCUCCUUCUCUCACCAUCUUCCCGACCAAUUUCGUUACCCCUUCCAGCGCUACCGCUUCAUAUACCAAACACUCCCGCGCCAAAAGCUGCCUUACCGUCCUUACGUAGUACGGUCCUUACUCUUUUCGACCGACCAUCCCUCACUCCCGCCGCCAUCGCUGCCGAUUGACGGACAGGGUCUGUCUAGAAUCGACAAGUUAGGAGCAUAUCAAUAAGCUCCUUCUCCCCUUCCCGCUCCCCUUCUUCCCUCCCACUCCCGGAUAUGCCACACCUCAACACCUCGGCCUACGAAGUUCCAACAAUCAAUAUACCAACAAACGACUCCGGAGUCACGCCUCACAUCAUGGCUGAAGAAGGCGGCCACGCGCCCACGGGCGGUAAUAACCACAACCCUGCGAGCGACAACCAGCACCACCAGGAUUUCACCAUCAAGCCGCGCAUGACCGACUUCAACUCAGAAGAGAUCCGCGAUACCAUGUCCCCUACGGGCCCCAUGACUCCGAACCCGUUUAGCAGAAAGAACACCAGCAUUGACAUUGACGACUACUUCACUGGUCCUCGCGACAUUCUCAAGCACUCCAAAUGGCCUCUGUUCAUGCAGAUGCACGGCAGCAUUCUGCCCAAGAUGAUCGUUCCCUUGAUCUGGAUGUCUCUGUGGGCUGCCGCUAUCACCGUCAUUGACAAGUACCGUACGACUAUGGGUGUCGACUCCGUCUUGCUUACUGUCCUGGGUUUCGUCGUCGGUUUGGGUCUUUCUUUCCGCAGUUCUACCGCCUACGAGCGCUACGCCGAGGGUCGCCGUUACUGGGCUCAGCUCAUUCUUGCGACACAGAGUCUUGGCCGCGUCUUCUGGAUCCAUGGUGGUGACAAUGAGGGUAUCGAUCCGAGACAAUCGCUGCUCCGCAAGGUUGGGUGCAUGAACUUGCUCCUCGCCUUUUCCGUCUCCCUGAAGCACAAACUUCGCUUCGAACCCUACACCCAGUACGAGGAUCUUGAGCAUCUCGUCUCCCACAUGACGACCUUUGCGCAAGAAGCCACGUCUGCCGAGCCCGAGAAGAUGACCCUGAAGAAGAAGAACUUCUUCAAGGAGACCGGCGAGUACCUCGGUGUUUCUUUCGCCGCCAGCAACCCCCGCAAGACCAUCAAGAAGGCCUCCCGUCCUCUCGGCAACCUGCCCCUCGAAAUCCUCUCCCACAUCUCUUGCCUCGUUGACAAGAUGGUCGAGGAUGGCCAGCUCAAGGUUCCUAUGCAGCAGACUCUCGCCUACAACAACGUUGCCCUCCUGAACGACAUCAUGACCGGAACCGAGCGUGUCCUGACCACGCCUCUCCCCAUUGCGUAUGCCAUCGCCAUCAGCCAGAUCACCUGGGUCUACGUUAUGCUGCUUCCCUUCCAGCUGAUUGACAAGCUCGGCUGGAUCACCAUUCCCGCCACCGUCGCUGCUUCCUACAUCAUUCUCGGUAUCCUCUUCAUCGGUCGUGAGAUUGAGAACCCCUUCGGCGAGGACGUCAACGAUUUGCCUCUGGAGGUCUACUGCGAACAGGUUGCCUCUGAACUGGAUAUUAUCGCUUCGUUUGAGAAGCGUGACCCCUACCGCUUCAUGGAGUCUUCCCAGAACCUGCCCCUAUUCCCUGCCAGCAUGGCGCCCUACCACAUCUGGAUGGGCCGUUCCGAGAACCGCGUCCGCGAGGCCAUCAAGUCCAAGCAUAACACCGUCUUCGAGUUCCGUAAGAAGGUCAUCCUCGAAAAGGUGGCGUCAAGGGCCGGCAACACCGCAACAGAGAAGAAGCCUAGCAGCGAAGGCACCACCACUAUUAACGGCGAUCACAAUGUCUAAACAGACGGCGUGUGCUUUCGCUUUGCUUCGAGUCUUUUCUUCAUCUCUCCUCCCCUCUAUUUGCAUCAGAAAGGGUUUGGGCGAGAGCGGGUUUAGCGAUUUGCGUCAAGGAGCAUUUACGGCACGGAAAAACAAAAGAUUCUUUCAUACAUGGCCCCGACAGGUGGCUUUUUGCGGCAUAGGAACGGUUUCGGAUCUUUCUUUUCACUGUAAUUACCUGAUUCCUGGAUGACACAAGGACAGGUGUGGUUUUGAGCGCGGCAUUUCCUCUCAUGGCAUUGAGACGACAACAG